CAGUGCCCUAGCAGAUCGAAAAUGAUCGAAUCCAACAAGUAGUUAAGUAGAAUGAUAAGAUCAAAAUGAUUAGAAAAAGAUAACAGCAAUAGGACUUUCUCCGUUGUAAUAAAAUCAUUGCUUUCGAGGACGGUCCGCGUCUCUCGCAAUUUUCCUCAAAUGGCUUGCAAAUCAAGUAGUGAUGAAGAAGAAAAAGAUUUUUUGGUAUGCGGCAUAUGCAUGGAGUACUAUGAUACUGACGAUCGCACACCAAAAAUACUAGAAUGUUUUCAUUCGUGUUGUGUCACAUGUUUAAAGUUGCAAGCUGUAACCUCACUUGUUACAUGCCCAUAUUGCCGUAAUGUGACUAAAAUAAAAAACGGAGUGGAUAAUAUGACAAGUAACUUUUACAUUAUGCCCAAAAUUCAAAAAAUGGUGGCUAAAAGGAAAACAAUUGAACACAUGAUAGCAAACACAAAAAAUAAUUGGGCUGAAUCAAUUGCCAAGCGUCGUGAUGUACAGUCAAAGCUGAAAAUGGUUCAGGAUGCUUUGAAACUCAUAGAGAAUACCAUUUCCCAAAAGGCAGAAGAUAAUAAUGAAAAGAUUGCAAUAUUGCAGUCUCUGUUAGAAGAUCCAUUUUCCAAACAGGACAUGGAGGAACUCCUAGCUUCAUAUUCCAAGUGUGAGGCUGAUCAUAAAUAUUCUAAAGAAGAACUUGAUGCAGCUGAAAGCCUUGGAAAAAGCUUAUCCGACAUCGAGAAUUUUAUGUGCUGCUUAACAUUGAAAAAGAAGAAUGAUGGGGCUAACUACAAUGUUAAAGCUUUGGAGAAAAAGAUUCUAGCUUUCAAUAACAAAUCUCCUCACGGGCCUCGUAUUGGCUCAUACCAUUCGGUUUUGACUUUUAUACUGUUCCAAAUGAGGGAAGAAAAGCUCUGGGAAGAAGCAACUCAGAAUGGGGAAAGAGAUCAAGCAUGUGAAGUGGAACCAACGAACGGGAAACCUAGCAAGCAGCAUGCACCCAUCAAACAGUCACAUCCGAGUUUGGCCGGGGAUUCGUCUGACGAUGAUUGGUCAACCACUGAAACGGAAUCAUCUUCCGGGCAAAAACACAACAUGUGCUAUAUGCAGUUUAAAAUCAACAAUGUUAUCCAGCCAAAAGUAGUUUUCCGACUCAACUUUGAUGAGGCUCCCAUGAUGAGUAGGCGCUUCAUGGAUUACUGCAAGGGUAGCACAGGGUUGUCUUACAAAUCCUGUUCCGUAUUUAUGAAUAAAGACGGGGAAUCCUUUACUGCCGGAAAGUACGAAGAUUUGGAAAUUGUGUUGGACGAUGGAGGAUGUGCCAGUUCGUUUCUUUAUGGAUGGUGUGAUGGGAAAUCUCAGCGUUUCAUAGCCGAUCAUUCUACAUUAGACGAGGUUAAAGGUGCACUGCGUAUGCGUCAUCGCGGAAGAAGCCUAGAAGGGGUAUACGUCUGCUCAGAGUUCUCCGUUAUCUGCCGUGACCAUCCCAACAACAACCAGAUGACCACAGUCUUUGGCUACGUCCACAGAGGCAUCGAGAUAUGCCAGAAUAUAAGUCGUCUUAACCUUAAUCAAAACGAUGUCGUCAUUCACUCUUGUGGAGUUGAAUAGAUCUGAGUAGACAUGACCCAUAACAAACUAAUAUUUUCAUGCAUAUCCCUUGCAUUCAACCGUAGUCAAUAGCUAGACGACCAUAUCACCGAUGAUGAUACAAGAUACUUCCCAUAAUAAGACGGGAUAUCUACAAUGAUUUGGGGAAUAUGUAGGGUCGUCAAUAGAGAGACAACAUUACCCAAGUGUUAAACUUGUACUGGUUAUUGAAAAAAAAAACUGACUCUUGUAAUAAUACACAGUUAGCCAUCA